AAGAAGGUGGAGGUCAGCCUCGACGCUCUCCUUACUUCUCCUAUAUUUUACGUAUAUUUAAAUCUCUUUUAUAAUAUGGAUGCGUCAAAAUGGGUGAAGGAGAGACAUCGUAGUGAAGAAGAAGUGAGGGACUUGGAGUGUCGUUGUCCCUGGUGUGGGUACCUAUCUUCAUGUCCAGAGAUGUUAGGAAGACACUGGUCAAGAUGCAAGAAGAAACUCUCAUAUGUGUCAUCGAUGCAAUAUGGCGGUGUGGAUGAGUACCGUAUCAUUAGGGAAACUAACUACAUCUAUGGCCGGGAAACUCGCCUUGGAAAUUUCGUCGUACCAGAACGAAAAAAGCAACCUCGGAAAAUCCCAAAACUCAACUUGUGGGAUUGUUAUCCUAUGAAGCAAAGUGGGAGUACUCAGGAGUCACUUAAAAUUGAUGAAGAACCCAAAAACUUUCGAGUGAAGGUCGAAAAACGACGUAGACGUCCUAAAAGUUUAAGAUGGUCAGUAUCGAAGCUACGACAUGUAUUUAUUUAACCAUGAUGAUUUCUAGGCUCUUGUAUACAUAUUUAUCACAAUGGGUGGAGUUGAACCUAUGGCACGUGCGUCCAAAACAUCUGGGCUACACUUCUCCAAGGAGGACUUUGCUAGACCCCAGACACCUCUCCUUGGUUCUGCACUUGUAACACACCCGCUGCUCAUCUGUCAGCACAAUAAAUGGUCAAUAUUCUUAAUAUUGUGAAGGGAUGAUUUUAUAUUUGCUUGAUAGCUCGUUAGAUAUUAAAAUAAACUUUAGAUUUAUGAAUAAAGGAUCACUGUUAUGGGGAGCGCUAAACCCGCAGGGAUUAUACAUCGCCUGUGGGGGGGAGGGAUGGAAGGUAUUCAGGCUCAAUUCAGGAAACUGGAGCAUAGAUCCAAUUCCCUAGAUCAGGAGCUCCUCACCAGCGUCAAGGAACUUCCCUUGAGGGCUAUGACUUAAGGAAGAAAUUAGACAAGCGUAGCAAUACAAGUUGUGAUGUAUUACAAGGGAAAGCUUUGAGAAUUACAGUAGUUGUGUGAACUAUUAAGAUUAAGUUUAUUUUUCCAAGUUAAAGUUGGCUUUGUUGAUUUUUUAUAUUUUAUUACAAUCACGAGGAUGAGCUAAAACAAGAGUAAUGAAGUUUGAAUCAAGGGUUACACCCAUUCCUUAGAUCAAGAACCUUCAACAAGCAUCAAGACCCCCCUUGAAAAGUACAAUAUUUCAUAUAAUUUUAAAUUAUUGUUUACCCCCAAAGGAGGAUCCUGGAUGCUGGCGAGGAGCUCUUGGCCCAAGAAACUUUACUUGUCCUUCCCUUUAAGCCUAAUUCCUUCCCAUUUCAUCUCAGGCACUAUGUUGAAUUUCAGUAAGAUACGAAUGUGAGCUAUGUUAAUUUUGCAUGAAAAGUAUUGUAAUAUGGUAGUAUUUAAAUGAUGGCUGAGGUUUCAGGAUGUCUUAGCAUUUACUUUGUUUAUAAAGUGUCAUAUUGUAUUGAGAAAAUCUAUAAAUUCUUUGUCCACUUGGUCUGUAUUCUUUUGUCAAAAUAGAAUUUUAGUUUGCCAUUAUAUUUGUCUGUAUAAAGUUCCUUUAACUGUAUCUGUGGAGUGAGGGUAAACAAAAUUUAAUUCCAGAGAAGAGAAUACGUAAACGUACUUAAGGGAAAACUCGGGAUCCUCGCUGUAGCUGUUUAUAUAUAUUGUGGAAAAUUGCAUUUAUCUGAAUGUAACUCAUUAUGUACAUAACAGUAAAUGAUAACAAAGAUAAUUAUUAUUUAUCAAAGUUACAUUGACAAGUAAGAAUUUGGGACACCUAGGUCACAAAAAUGUCCCCCUUCGAUACCUACAACUGUCAUAUCCACAAGUUGCUCUAGACCUAUUAAUUACAAAUGAAAUAUGUAUCACCAGGAAUUCUGGUAAAUAUGUAAUUUGUGGACUGUAUAUUA